GCGCGGGGCGACCGGCGGGGCGGGGCGGGGCGGGGGACGGUGCGGCGCGGCGUGGGCGCGCACGCGCCUGAGCGCGCGCCCGUGGGCGGGCAGAACUCGGCGCUCGCACCGCCUUGGGCCGCGGCCCGGCGCCCGCUCCGCCUUCCGCUUCCGACGCGCGGUCGGUGGAGCCGGUGUAUGUGCGGCAAUAACAUGUCGGCCCCGCUGCCCGCCAUCGUGCCCGCCGUCCGGAAGGCCACCGCCGUGGUGAUUUUCCUUCAUGGAUUGGGAGACACAGGGCAUGGGUGGGCAGAAGCCUUUGCAGGUAUCAGAAGCUCCCACAUCAAAUACAUCUGCCCGCACGCACCGGUUAUGCCUGUAACAUUAAAUAUGAACAUGGCCAUGCCUUCUUGGUUUGACAUUAUUGGGCUUUCACCAGAUUCACAGGAAGACGAAACUGGAAUUAAACAGGCAGCAGAAAGCGUAAAAGCUUUGAUAGACCAAGAGGUGAAGAAUGGCAUUCCUUCUAACAGAAUUAUUUUGGGAGGAUUUUCUCAGGGAGGAGCUUUAUCUCUGUACACGGCACUGACCACACAGCAGAAGCUGGCCGGCGUCACCGCUCUCAGCUGCUGGCUGCCCCUGCGGACUUCCUUUCCACAGGGUCCCAUCAGUGGCGUGAAUAGAGACAUUUCUAUUCUUCAGUGCCAUGGAGAUUUGGAUCCUUUGGUUCCCCUCAUGUUUGGUUCUCUUACUGCUGAAAGGCUAAAGACAUUGGUAAAUCCAACCAAUGUAACCUUCAAAACCUAUGGAGGCAUGAUGCACAGUUCAUGUCAACAGGAAAUGAUGGAUAUCAAGCAGUUCAUUGAUAAACUCCUACCUCCCAUUGAUUGACGUCACUAAGAGGCCUUGUGGAGAAGUGCACACCAGCAUCAUCGUCGUACCCGAUCUUGAAACCUCUGAUGUUUGCAGUGUUAAAGUGUUUUGCAAAUACACACCAAUGACACAGACUAAAUAAAUCUCCUCGUGGGAAAUUUAUGAUCUUUUAAGUUUCUAUGUAUGUAUUUGUAUAACAUGAUCCAGAAUAUAUUAGUAUUAAAAUAGGUGAAGCAGCUAGCUUCUUUCUCUCAUAUGUAAUUCAGCGAAAUAAUAAAAUACUGCAACCAGAUUUUUUAUUACAUCACUUGAAAAUUAUUAGUAUGUUUAAUGAAAACUUGUUCAGGUAUAAAUGAGCAGUUAAGACAUAAAAAGUCUAUGCAUGCUGUGACUUAGACUCUGGACUUAUUCCCAAAUUACUUAGUCACCAUGCAGUAUCUGUAUUUUUAUAUAUGUGUUCAUAUGUACUUAAUGAUUAUAAUACAUAAUAAGAAUGAGGUGUUAUUACAUUAUUCCUAAUAAUAGGGAUAAUGCUUCUAAGUGUCAAUAAAGAGAAAUAUUGCUGUCUUCAAUUAAUGGCCCUUUUAUUUUGGGGACCAGGUUUUUCUUUCCUGAAUAUAAUUUCUAUUUAAUACUCUUUUUUCCUCCCUAGAAAAGAAAUGUGUUCUUUCUUCUUUUUUAUCCUUCAUAACAGACCAAAUAUUGCCUACUUGCCAUAGACAUCUGCUGUCAAUACGUGCUGUAAUUUGACAUUCUUAAUCACAGACAUGACGGCACUGAAAAUGUAUUUAUACUUGUAGAAAGAAGCCAGACAUCCCUUCAAAGUUUCUACACUACUUCUUAAACUGGACCUUUGUCUGCAGUUUAGUCCUGCAGAGUUACUCGAAUCUUUAGUCCAGGUAACGAGAAUAAUUCUGUGGUUGUAUAUUUCUGUAAUUAACUGAAAGAAUAAUUAGGUCAUAUUCUACUAUGUUCUGAAAUAUUUAAGACUGAUCUUACAAACUGUAAUUUCUAAGAUGAUUUGUUCUAAGAUGAUUCUCCUCAUAGCAUAGAGUUUUAGUUUACUUAUUUUGCACAUGUUUGAAACCGACUGCUGUAGGAAAUGAACAAUCCAUUUGAAAAAUUUGCUUUACUUUUAUCUGCCAGUGGACUUAUUUGAAAUUUUCACUGUAGUCGGAGAGGAUCUUUUUAAGUUAGUUUCUGUGCAAACAUAAAAGUAGCAAUUAUUUGAUUUUAAAUAGAUUUUUCAGAUUAUUGGUUAACAUUAUUUGAAAACAAGUUUAUGGGUAAUAAAAGUUAGUCAGAACUCAAUACAUGUGGUGUAGUUACCACCCAGUUUUAAUAUGUAGCAAAAAUGUACGCCUGAUAUUUCUGAACUGUUGUUAAUUUUUCUGCUGUAUUCCAACUGACUAGAACACCGUUAGGAACGCAUCUUUAUAAAUGGGUGCUACUUGAUGAUGGAAAUGAUUUCGUAUGGACAGUGUAGGAUGUUAAUAAUGAAGCCAUACGUUUAUGUCUGGAUUUACAGUUUUUAAACAAUCAUUUACUAAGUCAUUUUGCUUUUAUCUUGAAGAAUAUAAACUGUUGUUUCACUUACACAAAUCAGCAAGAUCUAAUUUAUGGCAAGAAAUAUUCCAUUGAAAUGUGCUGUAACGUGGGAAAAUGUAAAUCUUUUUCACGGUUUCUAUCAAUGUGAAAUAAAAUGUAAUUCUGACUUUUCUGUGA